AUGAAGAACUUGUGGAGAGCACCUCUGCAGGAUUCGGAUCUUCGCCAUCAUCUAUCUAUCAAUCUAUCUAUACUACUUUUUCUGUAUCUAUCUAUCUAUCUAUCUAUCUAUCUAUCUAUCUAUCUAUCUAUCUUACUCUUUCUGUAUCUAUCUAUCUAUCUAUCUGACUGUCUCAGUCUAUACGUAUCUGUGUGUCAAAAAGCCUAUUUUUUCUCUCUGUCUCUCUCAGUUCGUAUCGAUAUCUGGGAGAAAGCGCAUUAUCUGGGCGUGUUUCUAUCUAUCUAUCUAUCUAUCUAUCUAUCUAUCUAUUCGUAUCUAUCUAUCUAUCUAUCUAUCUAUCUAUCUAUCUAUCUAUCUCAGUCUGUACGUAUCUGUGUCUCAAAAAGCCUGUUUUUUUACUCUCUCUUCUUCUCUCUCUCUUUCUCUCUCAGUUCGUAUAAGUCGCUCAUUCACAACAGGUUUCUAUCUAUCUAUCUAUCUAUCUAUCUAUCUAUCUAUCUAUCUCAGUCUGUUUCUAUCAAUCUAAAUUUACUGUUUUCGUAUAUAUCUGAAUUUCUCGGUCGCUUCUUUUUCUCGCUCUCUCUUUGUUUCUAUCUAUCUAUCUAUCUAUCUAUCUAUCUAUCUAUCUAUCUAUCUCAGUCUGUUUCUAUCAAUCUAAAUUUACUGUUUUCGUAUAUAUCUGAAUUUCUCGGUCGCUUCUCUCUCUCUCUCUCUCUCUCUGAUAUACUGCCUAAAUAUACAUACAUACAUACAUAUCUAUCUAUCUAUCUAUCUAUCUAUCUAUCUAUCUAUCUAUCUAUCUAUCUAUCUAUCUAUCUAUCUAUCUAUGCGCGUCAGCCGACUACUACGAUCGCGAGGAACGACGUAAUUAUUUCUGAUACGAAGCAGAGUCCGUCUAUCGUCUGUCUUUUUUCUGUUACUUACAUCGCUUUCCUUGUUUUCGCUUCCCCAGUAAUAACCAACCUCAGUUUCUCUUCUUUAAACACUUGUUCAGUUCUCUUUGGAAUCUGCUUCGAUUUUUCUAUUUCAGUUCCUUUCUUAAUAUUCUUUACUUUCGUGUUUGUCGCGUUCCUGCUUGACUGUCUUUCACGCUUUGAAGUGAACGCUCCUGCGUCAGCGCACGAACUGUUUGAGUAUUUGACGUACACCGAAAGUGCCAUUUUCCAUCCUGUGCCUAAGUUUAUUAUUAAUGCAUUUUCAUACACUUAUCUAUCUAUCUAUCUAUCUAUAACUAUAAAUAUAUAG